UGCAAAGGAUGAACCGAGUUCGUACUCGAUUGGUUGCAUAAUCAUGUGUAACCAACGUAUGUAAUAUUACGUCACUUUCACACGUUCGGAGUAAAACGACACGUGCAGAGGGGCGUCGCGCACUGCGCGACGAUUCGUUCUUCUGUAAUGAACGUAUGUCGUGCAAGCGCGCGCGUUCACGAGCCGUACAAAUAACGAAGACGUCCAAACGACCGUGAUCAGUAAAGUGAUACACAACGAUGGAGAACACUUCGGUUAGCUGUUCCGCCGAAGACAAGGCAAAGCAAUUCCAAGCUUAUAUGAGAAAAUACGAGAACGAUGACAAAUUGGUGAUCCUGAAAGCAGUGGACAAACCGGGUUCAAAACCCGGCGACAAUUAUACGUCGUUGCUGAUCAAAACAAAGCUCAUUGGUACACGCGGAGACGGAACUCCAUAUAUCAAGAAUCUGAUAACGAAAAGUAUCGUCAAAGGGUGCGCAAUCUCUAAAUUAGUGGAUCUUUACGGUCUAUUCCGUAUGGAGUCACACCUUUAUAAAAAAAUAUUGCCGGUUCUCGGUUCUUUUGGUCCUCGAUGUAUUUACACCGACAAAGAGAAUAUAAUAAUGGAAGAUUUAGCUGAGAAAGGAUACGUCAUUUGCGAGAGGCGCAACUUUCUAGACUUGGAUCACACAGUCUACGCUUUAAAGAAACUUGCCAAAUUACACGCAUCGGCUCUAGCGGUGAAGAUCAAUGAUCCACGGCUGUUCGACGAAUUAACCGAGUCUGUAGAAGAGGUGAUUUACAUUAGUCUUUCCGAGAUGUCGCAGAUGAGAAUAUGUACCGAGAUGUGUAUAAAGUCGACAGUGAAAAUUUUAGAAACAAUAGAACCGCGAACUCAAGAGCUACAAGCUGUCAUAGAUCACAUUUCCGGUUACAUCGACAAAACUUACGACACCAUGUAUCGCAUGUUUAACGCGCCGAAGCAGAAAUAUCACACAAUUUGCCACGGCGAUCCGUGGAUCAAUAAUCUAUUGUUUUUACACGACGACGACGGCAAGAUACUCGAUUUAAAAAUGGUGGACUACCAGAUAUCCAGACAUACAUCGGUGACCACCGACAUUCAUUACCUGAUUUACACCAGCGCGCAUUCAUCAUUGAUCGAGAAUAGCUACGAGAGUCUCAUUAAUAUCUAUCACAACGAGCUUCUCAAGGAUCUUCGUCGAUUGCACGUGGACGAGAAGAUUUUGGCGGAACUGAACAGGGAAUGGCUGGAGUCAGAACUCCGAGCUGCCGCGUUUUACGGAAGCCUCGUCGGCUGCUUUCUGGUGAACCCGAUAUUGGCGGAAGAGGAGGAAGUGAUGCAAUACGGAUCGAUCGAAUUCGGCCCGGAUAAUCCACUGUACAGUACCGAACCGAGUGUAAUAAAUAACUUGAGUCAGAAGAAAUUCGAUCGGGUGAAAUGCGUUGCGUCCCACUAUUACAGAAGAUAUAGCUUGGGCAUUAUUAACGACGACCUCGAACCGAUUCCCAUUACGACAUAGUAGAUACGUAUUCUGGACAAAGUAGGUACGAAAUAGAAGAUUGCUCGCGUAACAGCUGUAACGAUGUUAUAAUGAAUAAGCGUAAACGUUUUAUGUACAUACAUACAUAUUGUAGAGCGCGAAAGAAAAAAGAGAGAAUAAUUAUAUGGCUUGAUUUUCUUUCUCGUGUUAUAUGUAUAGAAGAUUGCAUAUUCUAGAUAAGAUUGUAUAUAUACACGAGAAGGAAUUGAGUUACGUGCACCUGUAUAGUAACACCCGAAUGUAGCUAUUUUUAUAAUGUCCUUCAACCCGGAUUAUAUCUUAUACGAAUGUGUGUUUUGAACUUUCGAUUUUUUUUUUGUAAAUGUGCAAAAUAGAUUGAAACGUAUAUUUGACUUUAUCUCGAUCAAUAUCAUAUAUAUAAUUACAAACCAUUCUACAUCAGAAUAUUCCAACAUAGCAAAUAUGUAUUUUUAACAUUAAAUAAUUUGUAUAACUUUUUAUUUUAUUGCACAAAGAUACGUUAAAUAUUUUUGGAUUAGAUAGUUUGUAAUAAUAUAUUUUAUACAAAUAAAGAUUAUAUUUUUGAUUCGGAAAUUUUUCUUUAACGCGAAGGCACAUGAACAUGAAGAGGUAUAAUUUACAUUGAUUCCACGUUGCUUAAAACUAUUUCUUAAGGAUGUUCCGUAACGAUGAUUGAGUAACGAUGUUCCAUAAACGGUGAUUUGUGCAAACGACAUCUUUCUCACAACAACACAAUUCACAAUUUUGCCGUUGAAUGUACCGAAAUUUAUUCGUAACGCCCAUCUAUUUCACAUCGCUGCGGCAUUAUUUCAUUAUUUCAACGCGCAUAUCGUCCUAUAAUUAUUGUUGUCGACGACACCGCAUUACGGACAUCUUGGAAUGAAGAAACUUUAGAUGCUUAUUAGUCGCAUCAUUUUAUUAUAAUAUUGCGCGAACAAACGCUUUGUUCGAGUAAUCUAAAUAUUGUAAAAAAUAUAAUCAGGCGAUGUCAUUUUUAACGGGAUCAUUUAUUCAGAAAUCAUUAUUUGUGUAUCAAUAUAUAUGUUAAUUGUACGCGAUAAUGAUUCAGCUUUUGUGCUGAUCACAUCACUGUGUAUCCGAAAUACACGAUUAAUGCAUCUAUGUCAUUCGUGCUAUAAGCAA